UUUAAGUGCAUAAUCGGUUCGGAAAAAUGUUCUUAAUAACCUUCAUUGUUUUGCUUUUUGUAACUUUGCUUAUAAGUUAUGUUUCAAACAGGAAGAGAAGACAAUUAGUAAAAAACAUAUCCGGUCCGUUCAAUGUACCGGGAAUAGGUUCAAUUUCUAUGUUUAUUAAAAUAAACCCAAAAAAUUUCUUCAAGGUUUCUAAGGAAUUUCAUGAUAAAUUUGGUAAAAUUAUAUGUGCGUGGGCGUUUAAUAGGCUGGUUAUUGUGAGUUCAGAUUUAGAAUUGAAUGAGCAAAUUUUUGCCAGUAAUCAACAUAUAAGCAAACAGCGUAACUAUAGCAUAUUACAUCAAUGGUUAGGAACAGGUCUUCUUAUGAGCGAUGGCAAAAAAUGGUUUUCAAGACGUAAAAUUAUAACUCCUGCAUUUCAUUUCAAGAUUCUAGAAGAAUUUGUUGAUGUUUUCGAUCAACAGAGCAAUAUACUUUUGGAGCGUUUAACUGAGAAGGCAGAUGGUAAAACAGAGUUUGAUGUAUAUCCGUUCAUAUGCUUGGCUGCACUGGAUAUUAUUGCAGAAACUGCAAUGGGUACUAAAGUAAACGCACAAACGAAUUCUGGAUCAGAAUAUGCAUCUGCAGUCAACGAAGUAACGAAACUUAUGUCUUGGCGUUUUAUGAAAAUCACAUUCCAAAAUGAAUUUCUAUUUACUUUGUUAUGUCCAUUACUCAAAUUACGUCAGAUGAAAUUGAUUAAAAUCAUGCAUGCCUUCACUAUUGGUGUUAUUGAGGAACGCAGACGUAAUUUAGAAGGUAGUCUAACAAAACAAACAAAGACUAAUAUUGAAAGCACAGAAGAGGAACCACUUGGUAAAAAAAAACGUAACGCUCUAUUAGAUGUUCUGCUUCAGUCUACAAUUGACGGAAAACCUCUAACCAAUGAGAAUAUACGUGAAGAAGUAGAUACAUUUAUGUUCGAAGGACACGACACAACUACAUCCGCUAUUGGAUUUGCUUUACACUUAAUAGCUCGUCAUCCGCAUGUACAGCAAAAAAUGUUAGAUGAAGUUCUGCAGGUCCUUGGUAAUAAAUAUGACGAACCAAUAACACAGCGACAUUUGAAUGAUUUAAAAUACACUGAAUAUGUUAUUAAGGAAUCACUACGUAUGUAUCCUUCUGUACCAAUGAUUGGCAGAGAAAUCAAGGAGGACUUUAAAUAUACGCACUCCAAACGUGGCGAUGGUGUUAUUCCUGCCGGUACAGAAUUAUUCAUCGCUAUCUAUGGCAUUCUGCAUGACCCAGAAAACUUUGAAAAUCCAAGUGAAUUUAUACCGGAACGACAUGAAAAUAGUUCAGUUAAUUCUGCCUUUUCAAUGGUUCCUUUCAGCGCUGGACCAAGAAAUUGUAUUGGACAAAAAUUUGCAAUGCUUGAAAUGAAAAUGAUUCUAGCAAAAAUCGUACGUUCAUUCGAGUUGUUACCUUUAGGCCAAGUUGUGGAGCCAGAACUUAAUAUUGUUAUGCGUUCAUCAACUGGAUUUCAAAUUGGACUAAAGAAGAGAACUUAAAACAAGGAGUAAAAGUAAUUACUUAAUAUCGAGAAUUUAAUUUAAUGGUGAUUUACACAUAUAUCAUGAGGAAAUAGAGUAAUCAAUGUAAUACAGAUGUAUAAAAUAUAUUUUUUAAUUAUCAUUAAUUAGUUUCACAUAUAAAUAAAGCAUAACAUUCAUAUCCCAUUUAAAUCAGUUUGUAUAUAGUAAUGUGUAUAUAGAGUUUAUUUUAAGUUUAAUAUGAAACAGAAUCUAUGUAUAUUAUUUA